CACCAGAGCCAACCUUCAGAAGGAAGCCCACCUGGGUCGAGACCUCUAUUCCCAGCCUGAUGGCACAGGCCGAGGUCUUGGCUAGACUCCAGAAAGAGGCCCAGUGCCCCAUCUGUCUGGAUGACCUGAAAGAGCCAGUCACCAUCGAGUGCGGACACAACUUCUGUCAUUCCUGCAUCAAAGAUUUCUGGGCAGAGCAGCAAGCCACGUUCUCCUGUCCUGUCUGCCGACACCAGUGCCAACACAGGAACCUCAGAAGCAAUGCCCAGCUUGGAAAAAUGAUUGAAACUGCCCAGCUGCUCCAAGGCAUGGAGAGCAAGAGGCACGAAAGCAGCACCAGUUGCGAGAAGCACAACCAGGUCCUCACCCUCUUCUGUGAGGAUGACCUGCAGCUGCUGUGUGAGCGGUGCAUGGAGCCUGAGAGCCACAGGUCCCACCAGGUACUAUCCAUUAAAAAGGCUGCCUCUCUCCACAGGAAACACCUUCAGGACUACAGCAGGCUCCUGGCGUGGGAAGUGAAAGAGAUUCAAGAGUUAAUGAGCGCGCUAAGCAGAAGAACGCUGACCCUGAGGGAACAAGCAGAAGCGCAGAGGUCGGAACUAACGUCCGAGUGUGAGCAGCUCAUCCGGUUUCUAGACCAGGAAGAGCGGGCGGCUUUCUCCAGGUUAGAGGACGAGGAGACGAGGCUUGAGAAGAGACUGCUUGAUAACAUUGCAGCAUUAGAACACCAUAGUUCCAGGCUCAGAGCCCUCCUGAGACACCUGAUGCUCACCGGAGAGCUCUCCGAAGCCAAGAUGCUGUCCACAGUCAAGGAUUUUUACCUGAAAUGUAGGCUUCAGCUCCCCAGCCCAAGCAUUUUCCCAGUUCAGUUACGAAGAGAAGAGUUCAGCUUUCCCCUCCAGUAUUCAGCCCUACAGAAAGUUAUACAGCAUUUCACAGACAAUGUCACUCUAGACCUGAAGACGGCCCAUCCAAACCUGCUCAUUUCUGAGGACAGAACAUGCGUAACAUUUACAAAGGAAAUACAACGUGUUCCUGGUUCUUCGAGUUAUACCAAGAGCCCCGUUGUGUUGGGGAUUCCACAUUUUAAUUCUGGGAGACACUUCUGGGAGGUGCAGGUAGGAAAGAAGCCAGAGUGGGCUAUCGGUAUUUGCAAAGCUGAUUCCUCCAGCGGGGAAAGGCAGUCCCCUAACCCCCGGGGAUAUUGGAGGAUUGUUUGGCAGGGGGACGGCUUCAACGUCUCAAGAGCUGACCCGGACUCUCAGCUGAAGGCCGCAAGAGCCACAAGCAUUGGUGUUUUCCUGGACUAUGAACUGGGAGAGGUUUCUUUCUAUGGCAUGCCUGAGAAAUGCCACCUCUAUACUUUCAGAGACACUUUUUCUGGGCCUGUCUGCCCUUAUUUCUACCUAGGGCCUCAGUCAGAACCUCUUAGACUCUGUUCUGCCACGGAUUUGGAAUGCUAACUCACAUGGUGGCCUUAACUUUAACAGGUUUGUUCAUAUUCUGCACUCCC